AUUUUAGUAGAAAAGUCAGAUUUGAUACUGCAAUAAGAAGUCUCUCCUAAACUAAAUAAAAAUGUUCUUCACUCCAUAAACAUCUGGUUUUUUGACUUGAUUCCAAAGACCAUAAGAUCUGUGGACAGACUCAAUCUUCAGUGCCAAAUAUUGUCAUUAUGACUUGCAAGCCCAUUGUUCUUCCAGAAAAGAGAACCAAGUUUCAGUACUUGUUGCUUGGUUACAGCCAAUUCAACCCUCUUGUAAUUCCUGGGUUUAUAGCACCUUAGAAAACCAGACCAGUUUUCACUUCAAUUAUUUACGCAGCUAGUUGUAGAUUCUUUUUUGCCUAGUAACCCUGAUGACAUGUUUCACUAACUCUGCUCUUCUUCUAUCCAAGGGUUUAUUCUACUGUACUUGGGUUUUCCCUUUUCAUGCUUUCCAAGUCCUGGCACUGGGAGUCAAAUAGUUUGCAAGUAUCCUGGAUGGGCAGGACAGAAAGAAAUUUGUUGCCUAGGUAACUCAGCAAAAUAACCAGUUAGUUUAUGUAAGUGUGCCUGCUUAUCUGCUGAAGCACAGAUGAACAUACAUGCAUUUAAUACUGUAUUCCUUUUGUAGUGCUUCUUAUGAGUAUGCAUGCAGAUUAUCCUAAUGAAAUAUUCAAAGCAGUUUUCUCUAACUGAUUCAUCCAACACAAAUGCCAUGGAUUCCUGGAUAUAGUCAAACCAGUUCCUCAGGUCUGACUACAAGCAGUCAAAAGUUCUGUAAAUCGUAUUCAUCCUGCUGCUCCAUCCUAAGUGAUACACACACUGUUCCACUGGUUCUAUCACAAAAUAGAAGAAUUAACAGGCAGAACUGUGAUUCUGAACUACCUUCCCCACUUCCUUCUGAUUGCUUCAAGUAUGUCAGCUGGUGUGACAUAGAAGAACAUGAUGUUCAAGGAAAUCUGCUUCAUUGUCCCCGAGUGAGAGAAGGGCCCUCAGAAGAAGAGCUGUUUUUCAGAGGAGAAGAACAUACUUUGCAAAAAGGAAAACAAACAACUGACACAGAGAAGUGGCAAAAGAAACUGCAAGAGAACUGGGAAGACUGCGCUGAGUUGAACCUUUCAUUUCAGGACCUGGGUGAUCUUUACCAGGUGGGAAACUUCAAAAGGAUUCUCCAAAGAUUAAUCCGGGUGGAAAAACUUUGGCUGGUGGACAAUUCUUUGACAGACCUAAGUGCCAUAAGGUUGCCAAGAUGCAGAGAACUAAAUGUCAAUAAAAACCACUUUACAUCCUUCAAACAGCUGCCAAGGAUACCUCAGAUUCAGCACUUAUCACUUGCUGAAAAUAACAUUAUGACACUAAGUGGAAUAUCAGAUUUCAGACAUACUCCACUUGAAUCCCUUAUACUCAAGAGGAAUCCCUGUGAGUUUCAAGAAAGAUACAGACAACUUGUGUUCUCCAGUUUGCCAAAUCUGAAGAUGCUGGAUGGUAUCCCAAAACUUCCAGAGGACUGUUCAUCUCCAGAUAUCAGGUUUUUUUUCAAAAUGUGUACUAUACUCUAGCACUGUAUUUUUGUAGGAUUAAAACUGUGCUAGAAACACCUCAUUUAAAAGAUACAACAAUCCCUGUUUAUGGAAGUUAUUCUUUUUUUCUGAUGAAAGAAAUAAUGAAGCAGAAAUAUGUAUUUUUUUUAAUGUGUUUGUGAUACCACAUACUUCAAGUAAGUAUGGAUAAAUUAUAUGUAAAUAAGACAUAGUAUGUAUACUGAGUGUAAUGAGUUUGGUGUAUUAAAAAUAUUGAAUGACAUUCUUGUCUAGGAAAUCUAUGUAGACAACAACUCACAAUUACUGACUCCCGUUGCAUUUACUUAAAACAUGUCCAAGUGCAGAUUAUAAUGUACCAUGAUGUUCAUGCUCAUUAUGGGAAAUGGUACAGGGAUUAAUAUCCAGGCUGCAAAGAAAAGAAAAUAAACCAAAACCAACUUUCUUCUUCAGGUCCCACCAAUGUCCUAGUGCUCUUUAAUGUGCUUUGUAGAUGGGAAAGGCAGAACUACCCCUACCAUUUUGACCCUUGGAAAUCAUAGAUUAAAUAAAAUAAAAACAAUGGAAAAAGUUCUUGCUUGGGAGUCUGGUAUGGCAAGAGAGCAGUGGGGAGGUAAAUCAUGAAACAGGAAAGAAGUCUUUUGACACAUUGUUGGCAUUGUUAGAAAUGUCUUGUUGCUCAGUACAGGUUCCUCAAACCAAAACCACAAUGAGGGAAAAGAGCUGUGGAAACUGAAAAGGGAUUUGUAAG